AUGAAGUACUCUCUCAUCGCGUCUCUGAUUCUCCAGAGCACUGUUGUGCUCGGAGAGUUGCUUCCUGUGUACCUGCAGGGGCCCUCGCCCGAGAGCUUCAGGGACAUUGUUCGCAAUGACACUCUUGACUUUGGCUGCAGAGCUGUUGCCAAGCCCAGCGAGGAUGGAAGCCACUACAAGCUCCACGCCUGGCUCACCGAGGAGCAGAUUGACUAUCUCUCCAAGGAGUACGAGCUUGUGCCUGAAGUCUCUAUCCACAGAAGAGACUUGAGCAAGAGAGCCAACGCGCCCAUCGGGACCGGUGACCGCUUCAGUGCGGGAACCAUCUCCCCCGUCGGUCUCGGAACCCAGGCUUCGGGCACCACCAUCUCCAGCAUCAUGAAUGUUGCUGAGAUCAAGUCGGCCUGCGACGCCCUUGUCAAGAACUAUGGCAUCGGAUCUCUCACUCUGCCGUACAAGACUUUCAACGGCGCCACCGAGUACGCCUACUACGUCGGCGCCGGAACCGACAAGUCAAAGUAUCACCUGUACUUCAGUGCUGCCGUUCACGCCCGUGAGCGCGGUGGACCCGACAACAUCAUUUACUGGAUCUCCGAUCUCCUUGCCGCCAACAAGUCCGGCAGUGGCCUGACCUACGGCAAGAAGUCCUACACCAACGCCCAGGUCAAGAGCGUUCUUGCCGCAGGCAUCGUCUUCUUCCCCCUUGUGAACGCCGACGGUGUCGCCUACGACCAGUCUUCCGGCUCCCUCUGGCGCAAGAACCGCAACACCAAGUCCGGCUCCAGCGGCAGCUCAAUUGGUGUCGAUAUCAACCGCAACUUUGACUUCCUCUGGAACUUCAAGAAGUACUUCGACUCUUCCGAGGCGCCCGCCUCCACCUCGCCUAGCUCCGAGGUCUUCUACGGCACCGCCGCCGAGUCCGAGCCCGAGACCAAGAACCUCGUCUCUGUCUACGACUCCUUCCCCAAGAUCCGCUGGUUCAUGGACAUCCACUCCGCCGUCGGCGACCUCCUCUACAGCUGGGGUGACGACGACGACCAGACCACCACCUCCACCAUGAACUUCCUCAACUCCGCCUACGAUGGCAAGCGCGGCCCCGUCGGCGACUCCGCUUACAAGGAGUACAUCCCCUCAACCGAUCUCAGCAACAUCAGAACCGUCGGUACGGCCAUGGUCAACGCCAUGAAGGCUGUCGGUGGUCGUGCGUACACCUCUAUCCAGGCCGUCGGCUUGUACCCCACGUCUGGCGCCAGUGACGACUACUCCUUCUCCCGUUUCUGGGCCAAGCCCGGUGUCAACAAGGUCUAUGGCUACACCUUGGAGUUUGGCCCCUCUGGAAACUUUUACCCUACCUCAGCCGAGUUCAACACCAACAUUUUGGAUACGAACGCCGGCUUCAUGGAUUAUGCGCUGGCUGCUAUCAGCGUUGGUCUGGAGUAA